CGCACGGGUGGAAGGUACAGCGAGGACCUGGGAGCCCGGCGGCGCAGGGCUGUUGGAGGUGGACGUCCGGCAGAGGGAGCGGCCUCCUGGGGCAGGGAGUCCUCGGGGACUCCUUGUUCCCCGCCACCCCUCCGCCAAGGUGAGGAGAGCAGAGCGUGCCCGGAGCACCGGCGCCGGGGAGGGACCUGCGCAUGCGUGGGAAGAGGUUUUGGCGUCGCCCUCGUCGCCCAGGUAACCCUGACCCGCAGGUGCCCGCAUGGCCUCCGGCACUGGAGGGAGCUGGGGUCAGGCCCCACCGCAGAGUGCCGCCCGGACGCCCUGGGUGACAGUCCUGCAGCCCGUCGCGUGGGCAGUCCCACAGCCAACCCCGCAGCCGGGUGGAUUGAAGGAAGACCUGCUGGAACUGAUGUUGCUGCAGAACGCGCAGAUGCACCAGCUGCUGCUGAGCGGGCUGGUGGCCGCAGCGCUCAACCAAGGACCAGUGUCUCGCCACCCGCAGGUCUACCUGGAGGGUCAACAGGAGGAGGAGGAGGAGGAGGAGGAGGAGGAGAUGCAAGCUCUGGAGGAAGGGCCUUUGGUGAUUCACCACCACUACCUGCCCUGCCCAAUGCCCAUGCUGGGCCCCUUGCUACCCUGGCCGGUCCCUUCCCCUUCCCUCCCCCAACAUCAGCCCCACUUGCAGGACACAGCCAGGAUUCAGCACUGCCCUCCUGCCUCUCGGAAAAGGGGAGGGAGAGCUGUAACCGUGCCUCCACCCCCACCUCCCAGUGCCACAGGCACUGUGGAUGCGGAUGUGCCCCCCGCUUCAGGUAGGGGCAGGGCGGGUGGGCAGUGGGGCCCAGGGAUGGGUCAGGAGGCCAGGAGGGCCAUGUUGGGGGCCGGGGAGCACCUGUCAUCACUGCUGCAGGCCACUGGCCUGUCCCCUUUCCUUUCGCUCCUUGGGGCCCUGUUAGGCAGGCGGGAGCCAAGACACAGGUGCCGUCUCUCCCCAGACUACUAUGAUGCAGAGAGCCUACCAUGAGGACAGACACCGGCCCUGGGACCCUGCCAGCUUCAUUACAGAGCUGGAAAGAGCCCUGGAGCCCCCGAGUGCCCCUCUAGAGCCUACGACUCUGCACCCAUGCCUGGCAGCCCUCCCCAACCCCCUCCCAACCCCUCAACCACAGCUAGGCCCUCUCCUGUGUGAAUCAAAACCCUCUUCACCACAUGGAGACCUUGAACUGGUCUCAGCUCUGCCCCGGAGUACAGGCCCCUCUAAGCGCAUCCAGAGCUGGGAAGCCGCCGCCAGUUGGGGGCCUUGGGGGUCUGGGAACCAGAGCCCUCCCUUGACCUCCUCCACUCACCCCUAUCUGGGAUGGCAGUGCUGUCGGGUCUUGGUGGCCUAAAGACAGAGCAGGAGGUAAGGGGAGGACGGCUUUUGUUGUGCAAGGCUCUUUGAAGGCCUAGAGUGAUGGGAGAGAGGCCUGGCUCAGAGGGUCCUGGAGCUGAGCCAGUUCCCUUGGGCCCACCCUUGCCACAGGAAGCUGGCUCUUUUGGCCAAAAGAAGCCAGAGCCGUCCUGCUCCAAGCAGGAGUGGCCUGAGGUCCCCGAGUACCAAGUAGGAACAGAACGUCUUUCUGCCCUCCUGGGCCAGGGCGUGUCUCCCCCAGUGUCCCUCAGCAGAAAUGAGUCACUCAGGGCUCCACGAGGAUGGGUGUCUGGUGCCUGGGCUGGUCAGCAUGGGGACACCCCAGGGCC